AUGAACAGGCCACCGUGCUGUGAAUUAGCUGCAAUGACAGUGAUACAAGGAGACUUUGUGGCACCUCCUCCAAGCUAUUCCUUAACUUCCCUGGCGGAGGAAAAGACCAUCCUACCCUGUCGCUAUGAGCCAGAUGCCGAGAGUACAGUGGUGCAGGUCACCUGGUUUCAGGAGAAACCUGAUGGUACCAAGGAGCAGAUCAUCACUGCACAUCAUGUAAAUGGAAAAGAAGCGUUCGGACCGUGGGCCGAUCGCGUGGAGUUUAACAGCAACCAACCCACCAAGGACUCGUCUCUGGUCAUCAAGAUCACAAAGAUCUCUGAUGAGGGGAAGUACACCUGCCAUGUCAGCACUUUCCCCUUUGGAAACUUUGAGACAGAGUUGUCACUCGUUGUGCAUACUCAUCCCAUUUCCACAGUGGACUCUGUGACUGUGGUGGAGGGACAGGAAUUCAGCCAGGUUGCUACCUGCCGCUCCGUAGCCCGACCCCUGCCUCAGCUCUCCUGGGACACCGAACUGAACGGGAAGUCGGUCAAUCGCACCUCAGACACCGGGGCAGUCUCCUCUCACUUCUACCUGUACCCCCUGAGGAGCAUGAAUGGAAAGAAGUUGGACUGCCUGGUUUGGCAUCCGACUUACUCGGAACCCCGCAGGUUAAAAAACCAGCUGGUAGUGCACUAUCCGCCGCACGCAGAGGUAUCUGGCUACAAUAAAAACUGGUAUGUUGGUCUGGAGAACGCUGCCCUGAGUUGCGUGAGUGGAGGAAACCCCAAACCACACGUCUUCACCUGGAUCAGGAAGGAUGGAGAAUUGCCGAAAGGUGUCAUCCAACACCCAAAUGGAACGCUAGCUUUUGGGCGACCCCUUAACCUUUCAGAUGCGGGCACUUAUCAGUGUGUGGCAACGAAUGAAGUGGGAGUUGGAAAGACAGAGGUGGAGAUUAAUAUGGAAGAACCAACCCCAAAGCCGAUAAGCGUUGAAAAGGAGCUGAUGUUCAUUGUGGGGGGCGUGGCCAUUGGGCUCCUGAUCUUGUUGCUCACCAUCAUCAUUGCUGUCACAUGUUACCACAAGCGCAAGAACAAGAAGCUAAAGAGACAGCUGACUGAGAAAAAGGAGGAAAUAAGCACUCUCUCCAGACAAGCCUCUAUCAGGAGAAUGAACUCCACGAGUACAGACACCAGGAGAGCGACAGAGGAGAACAUCCCUCUGAGGGUGGAGGGAACUCUGAGGAACAGCCUGUCUUCCCUUGGGGAGCAGCCUCAGUGCCGUGACAGCCGAUCUACUAUCUCAGGCGGUCGGGGAGGAGGAAUUGUGUAUGACUCUCUGGGCAGACCAGCCAUAUACAACAACUCCCGGAGGGGGAGAGAAAGGCUUCCGGACAGAGACGAGGAAAGCCGACUCAGAGUGGAGAGAUAUGUGAAAAACAGCUCUUUAUCUUUGCCGGAAACUCACUACCACCCUCCUCUCACGCAAUUGCCUCAGAGAAUGCAAACGCCCGACUUUCUGAGGUCGAUGAACGGCAGCCCCAUUGUCCCACUGGAUGUGGGUUUGCGACUGGGAAGCAUCACCAAAAAUUACCAACACCCUCCCGUGAGCAGCACCUGCCCACCCAUAAGGGACGACGAUGAUGAAGUGGACGAAGGGCUGGGCGGUCCUGCCAGUCAAGAGCAACCUUUUGAUCAAGACAGCGAGACGAACAGCUCUCAGGUGUCUGAGGGUCACAGCGUGCCCUGCCACCCCAGUAAUGGCCUAUUAAAAUACAAAAGGAUCCCAAGCCCCCAUCCGGUCAAUCCCCACGCCUCUAUAAUCCACAAGGCUCAAAUAGUUUAACAGCUGGUGAGAAAAUAAUACGUGAAACUACAGAACUGCACCGCUUUUGUGGAUGCGGUUGACUCCAAAGCAUCUUUAGGGCAUUUCUUAUUGCUGCCUGCUGUUUGGGUGUAUUCCCCAAAUGU